AUGAUUUAUGAUACAGAGAAUGAUAGUAAAGAAGUAAGGAUAUUAGAGACUCCUGAACCACUGGAUUGAGGCACUUGCAUUGCUCAGCUUCCUAAUGGUAAUUUAUUUUGCUUUGGUAAAGACUACCCAUAUUCUGGGAUUUCAUUGAUAAUCGAUGAGAAUUAUAGAGUUCGGCAGCUGCCAUCUGGAACUCCUUGCAGAUGCUCAUCAGCUAUCUAUUUCAAUAAUAGUCUUUAUUGCUUUGGAGGAGAAAAUAAUAAUCGUGCUUUAACUCUAUCAGAGAGAUUUGAUUUAAAUGAAAACCGAUGAAUUAAAUUAAAGCCACUGCCAAAAGCUGAUUACAAUUGCACUAGUGUAAUAUUUAACGGGAAUAUUGUGAUUUCUGGAAGGGAAAAUAAAAAUCUUUUGAGGUAUUCAAUUGGUAGCAACACUUUCGCAACAAUUCCUUAUGAUUUUCAAGCUGAAAAAUGCAAGAUUCUUAUAAGUGCAGAGAGACUGUAUUUAAUUGAAUGUGAAAAUGGAUCAAUCUAUGAAAGCGAAUUGUCAAAUGAUACUGUCUGGAGACGAAUUGGAGACUCAAUAAUAGAUUAUUUUUAUCAAGUUUAUUUGUCAUAUAAUAAAGGAGGAAUAAACAUUGCAACAGGUUAUAUUUUAAAUUGCUUUAAGUUCAAUUUAGAGACGAAAAGAUUAACUAAGGUGUUUGGAGAGGAUGCAAUAUACUUACCAAUAAGCUUAACUGAUGAGGAGGAAUUAAUGGAUGAAUUAGAUGAAAUUGAAAAAAAUGAAGAUUGAUUUAAAUAG